AUGCUGAGGGGAUGCCGGCCCUGCUGCGAGGCACAGUCCUGGCUCGUAGCCAGCAGAAGGUCAGCAGCACGACAGAGGCGACAGCUGAGCGACGCGCAAGAGUUCAGGAGCGACAAAGGCUCACUCAAGCUCUCCCUUAAGUCCGCCCAUCUCAUCGGCAUCGCACAGAGUCGUGGCGAGCGUCCAUAUCAGGAGGAUGCCUACAGCGUCAAGUCGCUCGACCUGAGCACAGCCGAACUACAGAGGACGCUCAAGCGGACAGAGAACAGCUCAGCGGCCGCCUGGAAAGGCAAAGCCAAAGCUUCCUCUGAGCCCACAACCGAGCAAGUCGCCUAUUUUGCCGUCUUCGACGGGCACGGGACGGACCAGGUCUCACACUAUCUACGUGAUCAUCUCCACGAGCUACUUGAGACCGCAAAAGCAUCAGACGUGCCAGCAGCGGUAGAGACCUACAAGAAAGUGGGAGGAUAUCUGCGUCGCUUCAAGGGCGGCUUGCUUGAGCGGCUAGCUCAGGGUACAGAUGGUCUGGAAGAACCGGAAAGAGUUCUUGCAUUGGAUGAGCGGGCGACGCUAGCUUUCAUACAAGCAGACGAGACCGUCAUGGCCGACGAAGAGAUCACAGAUUCUGGCUCCGUAGCAACAGCUGUAUUGCUCCAUUCACUCGAUAUACCCGCUACGCCAUUCUUCGGCGCUUCACUCCUCGCACUCACCACGGCUCACGUUGGCGACACGCGAGCACUCUUGACAAGUACAAAGACCGGUCGGAUCACCGUCCUCACAGAGAACCAUCACCCAGACUCUCGCGUCGAAGCGGAGAGACUGAGGAGGAUAGGCACAGGGCUCGUCACCGAUAGUUUUGGUGAAUCCAGAUGGGGCGGUGCGCUCGCCAAUACGCGGGGGAUAGGUGAUGAGAAAUUCAAACGACUCGGCGUCGUUGCCGAGCCAGAUGUCACUACGCGUGUACUCAAGGGCGAAGAAUGGUCGUCGCUCAUCUUGCUCUCCGAUGGCAUCUCUGGUGUCAUCUCGGAUCAAGAGACGGCAGACCUCAUCAGAGGCAUCUCAGAUCCCACAAAAGCUGCUCAGGCUAUCGUCAACUUUGUCGAGGAAGUGGGCGGCGAGGACAACAUGACCGCCAUUGUCGUUCCACUGCCUGGCUGGCGCAAAGUAGGAGGAAGCGACAGCACUGCCUCUCGACGCGAGUUCAGACUACGUCAGAACGUAGGCCAGAGUGCUAGAGCGCGGCGAAUGUAA